AAGGUGCUAGAGCUCAUUAUAUGACCUACAGUCUAUGACUGAGUCAGACAUAUUUUGCAAAGUUAUACUCAGAGGUGGAAAUGAACUGAAAUUAAUUUAGUUAGUGUACAAUUUUGAGGUACUGGUGUUUUACAUGAGAAUUGCCAUUUUGUGGGAAUGAAUGUUACAUUUCAGAGAAAAAUUGUGCCAUUUUUAUGCCUAUGUGCAGUGACAGCCGUGGCUAGAGGCAUUAUGGUUUCAGUGUGUCCAUCAGUACUAUUCUCAUGAAUGCGAUAUCUUAGUAGCACCUUAACUGAAUUUCUUCAAAUGUAAGUAAUGAUAAUACAAUUGUGUAAUAAACACUGACAGAGGUCAUUAUGCUGCAUAAUGACUACUUGUAACACAACAUUGUUCUGAAACUACCAGUGGUGGGAGUAAAAGAAGCAGUAGCAUAUAGUGUAGAAGUAAUGCAUUCAAAAUUGCUAUUAAGUAAAAGUGCAAAAAUAUUGGCAUCAAAAUCAAAGUAAAGUAAUGCAAAAAUGCAAUGCAGAAUGGCCAGUUUCAGAAUAAUGUAUAUUUUAUUAUUGGAUUACAAAUAUUGAUCAGUUAAUAUGUACAGUGCUGGGUAGCUUAAUCUGUAAUAAUACAUAAUAAUGUAUUAUAUUUUAUAUUAAUAAUCUGAAUUCAGAGUAACAAUAGCUGUCAAAUAAAUGUAGGGCAAUAAAAAGUACAAUAUUUGCCUCUGAAAUGCAGUGGAGAAGCAUAAAGUGUUACAAAAUAGAAAUACUGAAGUCAAGUACAAAGUACAAAAUUGUAUUUAAUUAGAGCACUUAAGCAUUUGAGUAAAUGUAUUUAGUUACUCUCCACCCCUGCCCCUCACAAACAUUACUUUAUAAAUGCAGGACUUUUACACAGUGGACAUGCUUUUACUUGAUUAAGAAAUCCAAAUACUCUCUCCACUGGCAACCAUCCAUUUUUACCACUGAUACUACUUCUUUACUUAAUAUUUAACGAGGUACUUUACAUUGAUGUUACUCACUGUCUUACUGCUGAUUGGUCUGAGACUGUGCACUCGGAGCGGGAACGCGCCUGGGAACGCGCACACUGCAGAGCGUCUUUUUCGUUUCCAUGGAAACCGCGGACGGCAACACAGCACGGAGCGAGAGCUGUCCGACUCUGACUCUACUUUCAAACGCCAGAAUCUCACCUUUAACUUUUCAACGACGUAUUCUGGACAUUCAAGGAGCUCUCACUUCUGCCACAAUUACCGCUUUGGUAAUUUGCAGUGGUACAGCUGAAUGACCCUGGAAGUUUCCUCCGGGAAGAGAGAUGGAAAAUAGCUCUCAAACACUGCCACCCUCCUCCCCAUGUCCCACCACUUUUGGAGUGUCACUACCUUUUUCCUCCUCGCCACAGCAGACCUGCUCCAACAGUCGUAUUUCGCUCCCACUUUCACCUAUUUCAUUCCCCCCAUCCCCUACCUCACUUUCUCCAGCAACAGCAGAGUCCAUUCACUCUUCCUCCCCGCUUUCAUACUACACAGCAUCUCAGUGCCUCGAAGGACAAAACAUACAAUGCGUCAGCUCUGCAAACAUAUCUGACCAGGAUGACCUGACCUGCCUCAGCUGGCUGCAUCAGAGAGGCAACCUACUACCACUGCAGCCCCUUCCCAAAAUGACACCAGUGCCUCAGCUAGAGUCCUCUUCACCUACUCAGCCUCUUCCACCUGCCUUGUCCAAGCCACCCUACUCCUUCAGUAGUCUGAUUUUCAUGGCAAUAGAAGAUUCACCAGACAAGAGGCUUCCAGUGAAGGGCAUCUAUGAAUGGAUUGUGAACAAUUUCCCCUACUACAGGACAGCCUCUGGAGGCUGGAGGAACUCUGUGAGACACAACCUGUCCCUGAGCAAGAGCUUCUGUCGCAUUCAGAGGGACAAGAGCCAGUCAGUGGGGAAGGGAUCACUGUGGUGUGUUUGUCCAGAGUAUCGGCCUGCGCUCCUGGAGGUGCUGAGGAAGACCCACAGUUAUCACAGCACUAACAGCAAUCUGAUAAACAAGCCUGCACUGUUUGAAGGAGCUGACUAUGGGAUGCCUGCAGUGUGUGACCCUAUGGAGAUCUCAGAUCCUCUUUCUCACACCCUCCUCCUUUCUACCACCUCACCCCAAACCCUGACCACUGAUAACCCAACUUUUGCUGAAAACGCACCGUGCCCUUUGACCCCGGAUAAUGAGGAGCUUGUCACCAUGGAGUCGGUUGAUUACCAGCAGGAGGUCAACGAGGAGAUGGAGAAGGACCCUCUGUCAGAUAGCGGGUACAUCGAGUUACACUACUACCAGUCUCACCAGUACCAGUACCUGGUGCUGCCAGGUGACACCGAGCUGGACCUGGAGACUGUGGAGAUCCUUCAGCUGGAUGCCGAGGCCCAGGAGGCUGCUGGGUCACUGCUGGACCUAGCCGGUGGUGGAUAUUAAUUUGAUUUCCCAUUUAACAGUCACAACUGAUGCAAUGCUUCAAAAAACCAACAUAAAUGGGAUUUAUGUUGGUUUGGAUGGAGUGAUGAUGUUUGGUAAAUUGUUGCUACUUCCUAAGAUGGCGACACUGCCCUAAGGCUUGUGUAUUGUGUAUUUAGAUAACAAUAUAGUUCAACUUUACUGGUGGACUAACAAGACUAUGGAUCACAUUACUUCACAUGUAUUCAGGCACUUUCAGCACAGAAGCUGAAUUUACCACCAUACCAUGCCAUACAUAAACAACCUGGACAAAGACUUGAGAGUGCAAUGUUAGGAUGAGAUACAUGGACAAAAUUACACUCUGAGAUUUUAAAAUGAGGGGAAAGUAUUAAUAGAGUAUGGUCUUCAAUAUAAUAAGUUUUUAGGGUUUCCACUGUGAUUUUAAACAGAUCAAGUUCAUUCUCAGGGGUGGAAGGAGUGCUUUGUUCCAACUCAAGUAAGUAGGAUUUAUAUAGCGUUGGAACCUGCACAAGGAAGUACAAAUGUAGCUCUUUGGAGAAAUACAUUGAGCAGUACACUGACUCAUAUCCACACUGCUACCAUUUCAAUAUGAAUAUGUCUUACCAACCAACUCUUCUCCAAUUCUUCUAAGUGGUUACCACCUUUUCUUUAUAAGAAUGUUUUCUUGCCACAUUGUGGGAGAAAAAAAAAAAAUUUUAAAACAACCUUAAGUUGAAUAUCUUGCCCCUUAACAACAUUGUUAUUGUUCUGAAAAUGCUGUCUUUCUAAAAGUAGUUGUGUGUAAUACUUAUCAAAAAAUACUUUAUUUAUAAUGUAGUUCCAAUUGUAGAUUGUACUCAAAAAGUGGGAAAGCACUACACAGUUACAAUAAGUACUUCCAAUUUUAUAUCUAAGUAAUUUCUUCAUACCCAUUGUCAUUCUUCAGAUCAUGUUUGCUACAGUUGAUUUUAUGUACAUGAUGUUAUGUUACUGAGCCCUGAAAGUCUUUAGUUAUCUGUUAAAUUGAAAACCUGGAUAUGAUCUUGUAAGCUAAGCUAAGCUGCCUUCAAUCAGGAAUAGUGUGUUUGGAAUUUUGAGUUAAAAUGUAAGAUGAACUCACUGCCAUUUAAACCAUCUUAUAUUUCAGGAUACACUGAAUAUCUGUUUGUAAAUUGUAUGUAUUUUAAAAUGCUAUAGAUUUUGUAAUCUAACAAAUAAAAUCUGUCAUGCUGUUA